AAAGAAGCAAGCACAGAGAUCAUAACGAAGGGGAGAUCUGAAAAGUGAAAAGGGAGAGGUGAGUCAAAUGGCGAUCAAAGCGGGAAAGGUUCUCAGAACGGCGUCGGCUGCCUCUAGGAAGUUCUUAGCAGCAGCACAUCCGGCGCCUUCAGCCGUAUCACCGCCAGGUGUGACGUCAUCUUCCGCUGUAGGAGCAUUUCUUGGUAUUAUCGAAGUUCCUCGCUCCACCACCGAUAUGUUGAUCUCCAAGUACAUCCGACUCUCCCAGAACCGAUUGACGAAGAAGGGUGAUUUCACUGAGGAGAAGCUAAUGACAAUGUUGUCUGGUAAUGUCGGGAUCAGUGAGACUGUCAAGUUACUCGAUGGCCGCAAAACUAGCGCUGACUUUUCUUCUCCAAAGUCAACCAACGUUCCGUCCAUUGCCAAGCCCAAGAAGAAGAAAUGAAAAAAUUCCUCUGUUUUGUUCAGUUUUUUUUAACGAACCAUAUAAAGCUUCAAGCUUUUUGCAUUUCUACUUUUGCAAGUUUGUUCCUUUUUGAGUUUCAAUCUAGUUGCUGAACAUAUAUAUUUUUAUUAUGCAUUCACUCGAAAGAUAGUUUUUGGUUGUUGUU